AUGCCAACCCUAAACCGGAGGCUGCUCACGUGGAGCGACUCCGACAGGGAGGACGACGACGGCGGUGGUGGCGGAACGGCGGACAUCCUCGUCGAGGAAGCACGGUAUGGCGACCUGUGCGCCAGCCUCGUGGAUGACGUGCUCGUCCAGGGGUCGGACGGUCAAUGCCGUCGCGGCGGAGUGAGUGCAACGCCGGCGUCCAGCACGCGCAAGGCUUGUUACGCGGCGGCAGGGUUCCUCGCCGUCGGUUGCCUCUGCGCUUACCUGUCCUGGAGGCAUAAGGUCGACUCCAAUGAAGUCGUGCUCAUCUUUAAUUCCCAGCAAAAUACUGUCGGUCCCAUCCUUGCUGCAGGCGGUCACGAUCUUACGGAAUUCCUUACGAGGAUUCUAUUUGAAAAGGGUUACCGCUUUACAACAACUGCAGAGCGUGAAAUUGCAAGGAACAUGAAAGAGAAGUUUGGAUAUAUGGCCCUUGAUUUCGAGCGGGAGGUGAACUCCUCGUCAGUUGAAGAGAGCUACCAUCUACCUGGCCAGCGGGCAAUCAGGAUUGGUGAUGAGAGGUUCAGGUGCUCCAAGGUCCUCUUCGACCCAUCCGUGAUUGGUAUGGAAGCUCGUGGAAUCCAUGAGGCAAGCUAUGAUGCGAUCAACAAGUGCGACGAGAAUGUCUGGCAGGACUUGUAUGCCAACAUUGUCCUCACCGGGGGUUCAACAAUGUUCCCCGGCAUGGCUGACCGUCUGAGCAAGGAGGUCACCGCCCUUGCUCCCGAGGACAUGAAGAUCUAG